CGCCGCCCAUCAAAAGCAGCAUCCCGCCGUCGCCAUCAUGAGCAUCUACUCGUUCCCCGUUCUCAAGAUGACUGGCAUCAUCCAGUUCAUUCGGGACUCCAAGCUCUCGAUCUCGGAAGAAGACAUCAAGAACUGCGAUCCGGCAGCGGUGCGCCGAUUCUUUGAAGCGUUCUUCGAGGUCAUUCUCGACAUCAGCAAGGACGACUUGACUCAGCCUGCGCUAUCGGGACUCAGCGCGCUGCAGCAUCCCAAUCUCCAUGAAUCAUCCGUUCCAGAGCUGGCCUUCUUCCGCACGUCCAAGAAGCUGUUGGAAGCGUGCGGCGUCGACGACUUUACAUGGCGCGACAUUCAGAAACCCACGUUGAAGCGACUGCGAUAUCUCCUUAGUGCUAUCAUCAACUUUUCCAAAUUCAAAGAGGAGCGCAAGGUUCACUUUGACCAGUACCUCAAAACCACGGACAAUUUGCUUCGGACCAAGCAACAAGUAGAGGACGAGAACGUCGCCCUUCGUCGGCAACUCGAGGAGCUCCAAUCCAAGCAAGCGGCGGAAGCGCCUGCGUUGCAAGUCGUGAUCGACGAAUGCGCGGCCAUGGAAGUCGACAUCGGAGUGCUCAACACGCGGCAAUCUGUGCUGCAGCCAGAAGUCAAGGCCCUCAAAGCCCAAGUCGCCCAGCUCAACGACGACAUUCAAUCCCUCAACUUUACCAUCGUGGACGCCAAGAAAACCAUCCGAAGCAUGGAAGCCAAGGUCGUGAACUCGCCCGCGCGCCAAAAAUCGGAAAUCGUGUCGAUUGCGCAGCAGAUGGACGAAGCGAAGGAAGAAGUGAACGCGCUGGACGGCCGCACCGCGGAAUUGGACGGCAUCCACGACACAGUGUCCAAAGCAGUCAAGGACCUUGAAAAAGUAAACGACCUGUUGGAAGCCAUCGAAGGCGACAUGAACAAGGUCAAAGUCGAGAAGGAGAACGUCACGCAGCUGCACCAGACGUACGAAGGCAUCGUGAGCAAGGCCAAGCUCGCUGUUGCGCACAAAGCGGUACGCGAAUGA